CUAGGCCCCACGGCGACUCUGUGAACCCUCGUCCUCCUAAAAUUCCUUCUCCGACGUCCGUUCUUCUCAUUCCCUUCCGCUCUCUGGCCCCGCGAACUCUUCCCUGCGGUCCAAAUCUACAUACCUCAUAAUCUCGAAAUCGAAUUCCACCAGCUCAGAGCUACAAGAGAAGGCCCUUCAUGGACUCCUUCCAGCAGCCUCACGGUUACAUGAGGCCACAGCCACCUCCGCUCCACACGCCGGAUCCCAACCACUCUCAGUUUCAUCAACAUAAUCAGAUACAACCACCGAGGCAACCGGCCCCUCCUCAAGGCCCUUGGUUCUCCAACCAAUUUCAGUACCACCCGUCUCAGACUCCUUCACCUCCACCACAGUGGGCCCCACCACCACCUCCUCCUCCUCCUCCUCCUCACCCCGACCAUUUUCCUCUGACGGGUUCGUACAUUCCCCACUCUAAUACUUAUCCCCCUCCCCCUUCCUACCAUCUCGGCCAGUUCCCUCCACCUCCGCCCCCUGCUCGCUCCCAUGUGUCUCCUCAGUUCCCUCCUUACACCCACAUUCCUCAGCAUUAUCCUCAGGAAUGGAGCACUCCUAACUGGCCUCCCAACCAAAGCUGGGAUUAUCCAGCGCAUAAGAACGAAGAAGACUGGGCUGCCAGAGCCAGAGCAUGGGCAGAUGCUAAGGCUGCCAUGGAAAGCCAGCAUCAGCAUUCGCAAUCACAAUUUUCACCUGCUGGAAGAUCACAGGAGCAAAGCCAUUAUCAUGAUCAGUAUCAACAACCUGUUGACUCACGUUAUCCUGAUAUUCAAAACCACUCUCAUCCUUCAUCUGGCUAUCCACAAUUUUCCUCUUCAGAUGCAUCCAUGCAACGCCUUCCAGGACAUCAGGAGGAGCAUGCAUCUGUCAGUUCAGAGGCACCCUAUGCAUCAGAUGGACAUUUGUCAUACAAUUCUAGAGAUGGAACCACUACUGGAGAUCCAACUGUUGCGUUUCAGCACCAAGGAAACCUACCUACGAACACAUCAGUUCACCAGCAGGAGGUACCUUCUAGUUAUAGUUCUGUUGCAGGUAAUGGAACUGAUCAUCAGAGUCAGCAAUCAUACACAUCGAUGCAUUUGUCAAGUUUGUCAUCCCAGGAACAACAUCAUGUGCAGCCAUCAGUGCAAGCACCCUUUGCAUCUGGUAGCCAUUCAGUGGACCCAGCUAUCAGUCUUGCUGAUCAGCCUCUAGAUUUUACACCUAGGUUUAAUCGUGAUGGUGACCUACAAAUGCAAUCAACUUAUGGUCAUCAUGAUCCAGCUACUUCUAUCAGAGGCGUUGAUCCUGUAAGUGGAGUGCCUUCAAUCAAUAAUUGGGCUCCUCCAGUGGCACCUGGUGUUGUUUAUCCACCCAUAUCUCCAGUUCUUGCCUCAGGGCCACAGCAUGACCCUUCUAUUACCGCACCUCCUGUUCCUGGGCAUGUGGCACCGCCAUUUGGAAGGUUUCCUGGAUCUGGCCUCCCUCCUCCAAUUCCACCAGGUGCUGCACCUUUUGCCCUAAGUGCGGGAACUACAAUACAUCCCACAUCAGCUUUCUCUGUCGAUGCUUAUGGGGUCUCUGGUGUUCCAGAACGUCCUAAAAAGGCCUCAGUACCUAAUUGGCUUAGAGAGGAAAUAAAGAAAGCUGUUAUUGCUACUCCUUCUGCUGAGCACCCUAAGGAGGAAUCAAAAUUGAUGAAUGAUGGUGUUGAUAAGUCAUAUACAAAGGGUGACGAGCAAGAUAGCAAAAGCAUUGAUUCUUCUAAAUCAGCCGAGGAGGAGGAGGAAGAUGAAGAGGAUGAUGUUGAAGCUGUUCGAACUGCUGCCAUUAACCAGGAAAUAAAACGCGUGUUAACUGAAGUUCUUUUGAAGGUAACUGAUGAGCUUUUUGAUGAAAUUGCAACUAAAGUUCUUAGGGAAGAUGAUCUGACUUCUGAAGUGGCUUCAAACCAUAAGGCAUCAGCAUCCCCGCCCUCAGUUCCAGUUCAUAAGGCAUCCGCAAAGGUUCUAGUUCCAGUUAAAGUCAAAGAACCUGAACACGAUGCUGACAAUGAAAAAUCUAAUUCCAGCUCUCCAGGAGAUGUUUUAGGUCUUGGGAACUAUGCUUCUGAUGCUGAGGAUGAAGAUAAUGAAAUGGAUAGUUCGAGUGUGCUGCCUUUAAAAGAUGGUCAUCAGGCUGGCAUUAAGAAUUCAUUGAAAGAUGUGCAUGAUGUACCUACUAAUAGCAGUUCACUGUUGAAACUUGAUGAAAAUGGCAGAAGUCAAACAAAUUUGGCGAUUAAUUUGGGCAAAACUAGCAAUGGUGUGGCUAUUGCAGAGUUGCAUGACGAGAAGGUGACAAAAAAAUUAGAUCAUCUACGAGCUUCCAAGAAUGUUCCCGAAGAUAGGAAGAAUGAGCUUAAUGCUUUUGAAAGAAAGCAUGAUAGGACUAAUGGAAAGGCUACUGGUGCUGAAAAAGCAACAGAAGAUCCUCAAGUUAGGGAAAACAGAAAAAGAAUGGAAAAAGCUGAUGGACAUGGCCAGAAUUCUUCAGUGGACUUUGCUAAGGAUGUACAAAGUAGUAAGGCUAAGGUAGAUGAAAAAGUUAAUGAGGAUCAUAGAAGAAAGGAUGAAAGACAUCAGAAAAGGGAAAAAGCAGAUGGCAGCAAUGAGGUAAAAGAAAGGAGGAAGGAUGACAGUGCAAGGCAUGGGGAGAAGACUAGGGAUUCUGAGUCAAGGAAGAAGUCCUCAGUUGCAGAUGCCAAGGGAGACAACAAGGAAGCAGAAAAAAGCCGCAGAGGUAGUUCCAUGGAAGAAACUAGCCGAAGAAAGGAACAUUCAAGGGAUAAGGGGGAACACAAAUCAAGACACAAAGAGUCAAGCAAGUCUGACAGGCAUAAAAGGAAACGUUCAUCAUCAGUAAGCAGUAGAGGUAGAAGCAGCAGAGACCAGGCGGUUAAUCGCACGAGUGAGUCAAGUGAUGAAGGCUCAGAUGGCUCAAAAAGGAAGCCACAUGCCAGAAAACGAGACUUGUCACCAUCUCCUGUCAGGUCUAGAAGAAGACAAGUUUCGCGGUCUCCUCAUAGCAAGCAUUCUCAGCGCAGGCAUUCUCCCUAUUCUUCUCUUGAUACUUCCAGGUUUGUUGCCACAAAGUUUUACCUGAUUAUGGGGAAGGAGAUCAAGAUCCAGAUCACCUGGUCGACGGCAUCGAUGAUUAGCCAGAAAUACCUGAAUGAAGAGGACGGAGAUGGUUGCAUCAACGAAAUUCAGAUGAAAGGACAGACAAUUGGAGGGUGUGGGCGUGAAGUCCGAAGGUCGUGUGUGAGAAAGAAUAUCAGUGAGGCAUUUCAGCUGGAGCUAUGGUUGAUUUGGCUAUCUGGAUUUAUCUUGAUUGGCCUCUCUCUGUAUGCCACUCAAAAGUUACCUUCGCUUAAGGAUCAGAUCAGAACUCCCAAGAUAAACCCAAAUACUGUAUUGCAUUCGAGAAAUCUCAAUAUCACUAUAUUUACAGCGCCUAAACCUUUCACGGGCUCUGCUGGCACCAGGCAGACUCUAGCUGUUCGAUCAUGGCUCGCUUUAUCUCCACAUGUUUCUGUUGUUCUGUACAGCCAAGACCCAUCCGUUGCCUCUUUCUCCGCCGCUUUUGGUUCCCGCGUUCUGGUUAAUACUGACAUUGAUUUCACCUUCCUUGGUACUCCAUUCUUCCAUUCCAUGAUUGCAAAAUCACGCUCGUUCACUUCAGACGUAUAUGUUAUAGUUGAUCCCGAAACCAUUAUCGUUUCUGGAUUCAUCUCCACCCUAAAUCGUGCAUUUGAACUUGACCAUGAUUGGCUUCUUGUUGCUUCAUCUCGAAAUGCUUCUUACUUUCCAUUCCACUUGGACAACUCUGGAAAACAUUGGCAAACAGAUAAUGGGAAACGGGUGCAGAUCCAAGAGCUGCGGGAAAUACUUCAAAAGGAUUGGCAAUGGAAUCAUUGUGAUACAAAAAUGCUCAUAGCGUGGAACAACGGGGACAUGCCCCUACAUAAUGGAGUUCUUCCUCCUUUCUUAUUCGGGAGAAAUGUACAUAAUAGUUGGAUAAUCCAUGAGGCUCUAUCAUCUGAGUUCAGAUUGGUGAUUGAUGCUAGCUGGACCAUCACAAGCCUCCAUCUGGAUGGUCAGGAUGAUUUCCAUCCUACAGUUACGGAUUCUACCACUUUAGAUAUUGAAAGCCGAAAAUGGGAGUACAUGGGCAAUUCCCAUCUAGGGUCACGCUACGGCUCAUUCUUUUAUAAUGAAGCUAACUAUUCUAGCCUGCUUAAACUUUUCAGAUGUGGUGAUCAAUAUUUUAUAAUUGACAGACUGAAAAAUAGUGUCUAUCUAAUUGGACGUCGAGGUGAAGUGAGACAGUGGAAGGGGAAUAUCUUCCAUUCUUGGUUAAAGAAAAGCACAGUAACUUGCAUUGCUGACCGGAGAUCACUGGCCGGAUUAUUAGAGUACCCUUUCAAAGAUAAGAUGUUGCAUUCUGCACCUUUGGAACUUCCAUUCUCCUUAGAAUCACUCCUGUCUGUUACUGCAGACAAAAAUAAGACGAUUGUAGUUACAGUUGCUGGAUAUAGUUACAAGGACAUGCUCAUGAGUUGGGUUUGUAGAUUGCGUCACCUCUCCAUUGCAAAUUUUAUAGUUUGUGCUCUUGAUCAGGAAACCUAUCAAUUCUCGAUCUUGCAGGGAAUUCCUGUUUUCAGGGAUCCUUUAGCUCCAAGUAAUAUUAGCUUUAAUGAUUGCCACUUCGGAACAAAGUGCUUUCAGAUGGUGACGAAGGUGAAGUCCAGAUUAGUUUUGAAGAUCCUCAAGCUAGGUUACAAUGUACUUCUCAGUGAUGUCGAUGUAUAUUGGUUUAAAAACCCAGUUCCAUUGCUUCAAUCUUUUGGCCCUGCGGUUCUUGCUGCACAGUCUGAUGAAUUCAAGAAGGAAGGACCAAUAAACCUACCAAGACGUUUGAACUCUGGCUUCUAUUAUGCUCAUUCCGAUAAUCAAACAAUUGCUGCUAUGGAGAAAGUGGUGAAACAUGCAGCAACUUCAGGCUUAUCUGAGCAGCCAAGCUUUUAUGACAUGUUAUGUGGGGAAGGUGGAAUCAACAGAGCAGGUGAUAAAAGAUGUAUGGAGCCUGAAACAAACGUGACAGUAUAUUUUUUAGACAGAGACCUUUUUCCAAACGGUGCUUACCUAGAUUUGUGGCAGAGCAAAGAUGUCAAAGCAGCGUGUUUGAGGAAGGGAUGUGUAGUUAUUCAUAACAACUGGAUCAGUGGGAGGCUGAAGAAGUUGGAGCGACAAGUCUUGUCAGGUUUAUGGGAGUACGAUCCCGGCACAAGGAUGUGUCUGCAGAGCUGACACCGUAUCAAGAUUGAAGUUAAUUUCGAGAAGCGUGGAUCCUUUCUCAUCCUCUCUAGGCAAAAUUUUUGUUCUCACUCUAGGAAGAAUGACAAAGAAACCAUUUACCUCCUUCACACGCAUAUGUUUAAGAAUGUGCUGAUCCUUGGUUUUAUCAUUGGUG